AUGUUGAACAAGCUUUACACUCUUUUUGAUAGAAUUAUUAAACAAUAUGAUGUUUAUAAGGUUGAAACUAUUGGAGAUGCUUAUAUGGUUGUCUCCGGUGUUCCUACGUCAAGAAAUGGUGUCUAUCAUGCCGAACAAAUUGCUACAAUGGCUUUACAUCUAUUGAAGGCAGUUGAAAACUUUAGAAUCCCUCAUAGACCUACAGAGCAAUUAAAGCUCAGAAUUGGCGUUCAUACAGGCAAUAUCUUUCUAUUUAUUUCAUAUUUAUUUCGCUUAGGUCCUGUUGUGGCUGGGGUGGUUGGAAAGACAAUGCCGCGUUAUUGUCUAUUUGGUGACACUGUUAAUACAGCAUCUCGAAUGGAAAGUACAUCUAAAGCUCUGAAAAUUCAUUGCAGUCACCAGACAAAAGAAGCAUUGGAUAUGGAUGGUGAUUUUGUUAUGGAGGAACGUGGAAUUGUUCAAAUUAAGGGCAAAGGACCAAUGCGUACAUUUUGGCUUGUUCAUCGUUUAAACUACAACUUUUUUUCUGAUGAUCUCGAGGAUGAAUUUAUUUCGGAUAGUGAAGAUUAUGAAUCUGAACAUUUUGAUCCAGCUAUAUUCCCUCGCUCAAAUGUUUUUCGUCAUAAACAGAAUCCGCGGGAUUCAUUGAAAUCUACAAGUACUUUACAACGAGGUAGUGGCUCACCCUCUACUACUGCUCUUUUACGGCGUCUUGUUGAAAAGGCAAUAGGCGAAACUGAUAGUUUAUCAUCAACUCAUCAACAACAAAAUAAUUGUGAAUUAAUUGAGGAUGGCCUAGUUCAUGUUAAUGCUGAUUAUUUAGGUGCAAGUCGUAUUAGUCUUCUCUCUGGAAUGAACAAUCAAUUUAAAAGUCAACUUAUUUCAAAUUCCCGCAAAAAUAUCAACGAGCAACCCUCUUCCACAGCAACAAUAAUUUCUAAUGGAACAAAUAAUGUUUUUUCUUCAAAGUCAGAGGCUUGUAACGGAAUGUUACAAUCAAUUAAGGAGACGAAUUCAAACAUUAAAAUGAAAAAUUCGAGUGUAAUUUGUAACAAUAAAUUUUCUCCACAAAAGAAACGCAAGCUUGGCUCAAUUGCAAUUUCUUCCUCAUUUGACUACCAUAAAUGCCCAACCAUUGAAUGCAAUUCUUCUAAUGACAGUUAUGGCGAUAACUUUAAUCAAGCCUCAAAUGAACGUAAACGAUCGUCUUUACCUGAAGCUGAUUUAUUCACAAUGUCUCGCAAUGACACAAGUCAAGCAAUCUCUAAAAAUUCUCAACUCAAUAAUUUAAUCGCAGAUAAUUGUACUGUUAUUCCUUUAAAUAAAGACGAUGAGGAACAUAUCUUUGGUGAAAAUGAUGAUUUUGAUUGCCUUGAGGCAACCAGGUAUUUUUUUAAUUUUGAUUUUUCGUCAUCCUUUUUUAGGAAACGUUCGAUUUCUUUUACUGGUGGCACUAACAAUGAAUUGAACUCGCUUAGACCACAUUUUGGAGGUCGUACUUCUCGGCAACAUCAAAAUAGUGCUCAAUCACUUGGGCAGCAACCUUUACCUCUUUGGUCAGAGCCUCACUUGCCGCUCAACCCUCGUCAUAUCACUUAUGGAUUGCCAGAAAUGGCAAAAGAUAAUCAUCGAUCUGUUGGAGGGAAUCGGAAACUUUGCAGAAUAUUUAGGCCUAUUCAACAGCAACGUUCUUUUGAUCAUCAAAGUUCUUCGAGAUUUGAGCGUGACUAUGAACUUCAAAAACGUCCAUUUGCUCGUCAAUAUUCACGCAGCAGAUCGCCCAAUCUUGGAUUAAACCGAAUCUGGCGUCGUCUCACAGCAACAUCUGGUGGAAAUCCAUCAAUGGCUGUAAAGUCUUUAUCAAAACGUUCAAAUGAAUUAUUUCCUAUUGAUGGUAUAUGUUCCCAGAAUGUAUCUUCCUCACAUACGAUUUCACGUCCAUUGUUCUUUCCUGGUGUAAUGGAGAAUUCUCUUCGCCAAAUGGCCCGCCCCCUCUCUAUUGGAAGACCAUCACCGAGUUCAAAGCAAUCAGAUUGGGAUAAUGAAUUGACAAAUCAUUUGCUUGAAGAGUUUGAAAUGAAAUGA